CCGACAGCCCUCACACGAUGGGAGGGACGAGAAUAGAUGUCUGUUGAUACUCGUACCAGAGGACGAGGCCUUCCGCGCAUACACGUCUGAAUGCAACACGAAUGUGCCUACAUCUCUCAACCGUAAGAGUCUAGACAUUUUCUUAAUUACAUAUUGGUCUUUCGCAGCCGACCUGGAUUCGUCUUACUCUAACACGCCUCGAACCGCGUCCAGAAUGGCGCCUUCAAGAGUCUCCCCGGAACCACCCUCGUCGGAAACACCGAUCGGUCUCACACCCAAGCAGAUUGCAUCCUUCCAGCGCGAUGGCUACCUGAUAAUACCGUCAUACCUCUCCACAGAAACAUGUCAAACACUACUCUCGAAAACUCACGAGCUCCUCACCGAAUUCCCUCUUGCUGAACAUCCCAUGACCCGCUUUACUACGGGCACAGAUGAGAACGGCAAUUCGACGCCCAAAAAGCACGUCGGAGACGAUUACUUUUUAACGUCAGGCGACAAGGUGCGCUUCUUCUUCGAGGAGGAUGCAUUCGACACUCAGACAGGCGAAUUGAACAAGCCAAAAGAGCGGGCGAUUAACAAGAUCGGGCACAAUCUGCACGGGCUGGUCCCUGAGUUCGCCAACGUCUCACAUGCAGGAGAGAUUGGGCGACGGAACGCUGCAAUCGCAAGAGAUCUAGGGUACAGAGAUCCGCGCCUACUACAGAGCAUGGUCAUAUGCAAGCAGCCUGAGAUUGGAGGUGCCGUGCCGCCGCACCAGGAUAGCACGUUCCUGUACACGAGACGGCCGUCGGCUGUGGGAUUUUGGAUCGCGCUGGAGGAUGCCACUGUCGAGAACGGGUGUCUGAGCUUCGCACCCGGGAGUCAUCGAAGAGCGCCGAUCAAAGAACGCUUCGUGCGGAAGGAAGACAAUUCGGGGACGACGUUUGAGCCUGUGCCUGAAGAGGGGCAGUGGCCGAGGGGUUUCGAGCAUGAGGGACCCUCGGACAUGAAGGAGGAGUACGUCCUGGGCGAAGUGAAGGCGGGCAGUUUGGUGCUGAUCCAUGGCAACACUCUGCAUAAGAGCGAGAAGAACACAAGUCAGAAGGGGCGGAUAAUAUACACGUUCCAUCUAAUUGAAGGCGAGGAGCAGUAUGAUGCGAGGAACUGGCUGCAGAUACCCAAUGGACCUACGGGGUUUACGAAGUUGAAUGGGAAGGCGUAGAUAGCGUCCUGUUGAGGAAAUGGAAGACAAGAAUCAAGUGCAAGAAACCUUGCUCUGCUGUCAAAGAGCUGAAGAAUACAUGGGAGGAAUACAAUGGCUGUUAGUCUCACUCAGCGCUGGAACCAUGAGCCUCUCAGUACUGCUUCUAGCCGGGGCAUCCAACAGAUUGUGCUAUACAGCUACAAUCGGUGUAGAGGAGCCACGGCCAUGGGUGACUCUAUGGCUAGCAGCUCACCCAGUCCCAGCCAUGCAUGGACAAUCUUGGUUGGUUGGUUGCCAUCGGGUACCAACUUGCGGUUCAAAUAAAAGGGUCUUUGUUGUUGGCAGGACGUCCAUGACGUAUGUAUAUUCUUGAUAUCGAACGUUUCAAUAC